CUUAAAAUGAGUCCGGUUGAAUUUCAGUGGCUGUUGUGUUGUAACCUGUUGUUAUAUAAUUGAUUCAAGGUGACCGUGAAAUCAGUUACAAGUUUGCAUCUCUUAUAUUCUUUUAGAAUGUUGCGUGUAAUUUUAUUAAUGGCUUGGUGUGGACUUGUUUGGACACAAACUGAUUUUGUCCCUACUAAUUUUGAAGAAGUUACUAAACCCACGAUGGGCGGUUUUGGAGCACAUGAGAAGUGUGGCGAAGGUAGUAAAAUCAAUUUUAAAUGUGUGCCGUACCAUCGAUGUGAUGGUAACACGAAUACUAUCAUACCGGAGGAGGAAGAAACCGAUAAUAAUGAUUAUAGUUUAUUAAUUGAUAUCAGAUUGGGUGUGCCUAAAUUAUGCACCAAAGCUCUAGACGUAUGCUGUCAAAUACCGGACAAGGAUCAUUCAACCACGUCUCAAAUUCCACCCACAACCAAGCCACAUCCAACUGACAAUACCGCAUCAACCCAAAACCAUUUAACAACAUCUCAGAUUCCACCAACCGCAAAACCACAACCAGCCCCCAGUUUAAGCUUCUGUGGUAUUCGCAAUAAUAACGGUAUUGAUUUUAAAAUCACGGGAAAUUCUCAUAACGAAGCCGAAUAUGGCGAAUUUCCAUGGAUGGUAGCGGUUUUGAAGAAAAAUUAUAACCCAUCUGUGGAUCAAGGAUUUGCUUUGUGUGGAGGAUCACUCAUCGCACCUCGAGUUAUUUUAACUGGUGCACAUUGUGUUCAUAAGUUUAAACCUGAAGAGAUUAAAAUUCGUGCUGGAGAAUGGGACACUCAAACUCAAGACGAGAGAUUUCCUUAUCAGGAAAGACAAGUCGAGGAAAUUAUAAUCCACGAAGCAUUCAAAGAUGGUGUACUUUUCAACGACGUUGCUAUAAUAGUUUUGGAUAAACCUUUUUAUAAAGCUAAACACAUUGGAACUGUUUGUUUGCCAAACCAAGACGAAAUUAUUAAUUCCCAAGAAUGUUUUGCAACUGGUUGGGGCAAAAACGCUUAUGGUAGCGAAGGCCAAUACCAAAUGAUUUUGAAAAAAAUUGAACUUCCAAUUGUACCACACUCCCAAUGCCAAGCUGCACUCAAAAAAACAAAAUUGGGGAAUUUCUUCAAAUUGCACAAGAGUUUUACUUGUGCUGGGGGAAUUCCGGGCAGGGAUACAUGCACCGGUGACGGAGGAAGUCCUUUGGUUUGUCCAGACCCCAAAAACCCAGCUCGUUACCUCCAAGCUGGUAUCGUAGCUUGGGGUCUUGGUUGUGGAACAACAACUCCGGGAGUUUAUGCUGACGUUUCCAAAUCCCGGAUUUGGGUGGACACACAAAUGGAAAGACUGAACCUUAGCAAUAAGCCUUACAUGACCUAUACCCCACACGCAGACAUCUUUUCAAAAAAAUCUUUUAGAAUGAAUUUUUUUUUAAUCAUUACUUUUGCAAAUUUUGUUUUUGCACAAAACGAUCAAGAAGAUGCUAUAAAUAGUAUUUUUGGAACAAACAGUUCUUUCGCUGACUUUUUAUCCAAUUAUGAAGAAGUGACUCCUCCACCUUUGAAAAGUAUCGGAGCUUUAACAAAAUGUGGUGAAGGUGAACAACAAAACCGUUUUGUGUGUGUUCCUUAUUAUAACUGUGACCCUAACACCAACACUGUGCAAGAGAAUGCAGACAUUGACGGGACAAACAAAAUCAACAUAAGAAUGGGGGAAGAUGAGCCAAAGUGUGACCAUUACUUGGAAAUUUGUUGUAAGAUUGGUGAAGGGACCAACUCCUCCAACCCUCAACCAACUCCCGCACCAACUACAGCUCCAACACCUAGUAUUAGAACAGAUGAAACACCAACAAAUAGCUCACGAUUGGCCAACUGUGGCAUUAGGAAUAUCCAAGGACUUGAUUUUAACUUAAUUGGGAGCACAAAUGAGGCAAAUUUUGGCGAAUUUCCUUGGAUGGUGGCUAUACUGAGAAAGAACCCAACUGGUGGUCAACAACUAGCAAUCUGUGGAGGCUCCUUGAUUGGACCUAGAGUGAUUUUGACCGGUGCUCACUGCGUCCACAAUGUUAAUAUUAAUGAAAUCAAAGUCAGAGCUGGCGAGUGGGAUACACAGACUACCAAUGAACGAAUUCCUUUCCAAGAGAGGAAUGUUGCUCAAAAAAUUGUUCAUGAACACUUCCUUAAGGGCAGUCUCUACAACGAUGCUGCACUUCUCAUCCUAGAUCGUCCAUUUACUAAAACUGCAAGUGUGGGCACUGUGUGUUUACCAAAUCAAGACCAACGCUUCAAUGCAAAUGAUUGUUUUGCAACAGGAUGGGGAAAGGACUCUUUUGGCGAUAAAGGUAGAUACGCGGUUAUCCUAAAAAAAAUUAAAAUGCCCUUAGUACACAACGAAAACUGUCAAAAAGCACUUAGGACGACUCGAUUAGGGGGUUCUUUUGUCCUCCACAGAUCUUUUAUAUGUGCAGGAGGUCAACCAAAUUUGGACACUUGUACGGGUGAUGGAGGAAGCCCUCUGAUUUGCCCUGAUCCCAAUAAUUCUAAUCGGUAUUUGCAAGUCGGGAUAGUGGCUUGGGGCAUAGGAUGUGGAGAGAGUCAAAUUCCUGGUGUUUAUGCCGAUGUCGCGGGUUUUAGGACUUGGGUUGACUUAAGACUGCAAGAAUUGGGUAUUAACAUUAAUUCAUACGUGCAAUAAUUACGUUUAUCAAUGUAAAUUUAUAUUAAGGAAGGCUGUAUCGUCGCUUAUUACAAAUUUUAAUAAAUAUGAAACAAUCUA